UCUUCUUUGUUUGUUUGUACCAUCGUGUAAUUCCGCAGCCACUUCUCGUCUCUGUAUUCGCAUAUCUAAGCAAAAGUCACCUAGUGGUAGAAUUCGUUACUGCUGAAAAUUAUACCAUAAAGCAGACACGAAGACAACGCUUUCUGGCAGGACUUGGGUGUACGAAUAGUACCUAAUUUGUGCUUAUAAUAAGUUAAAGUAUAAAAUUAUUUUAAAAAUUUUACAAUAUGAUAGGCACUUUAUUCUCCAGUGCAUGUCAAACAUUUCCGCGGCUUGCAUCGUUGAGUCCAAUAAUAACCACUCCAUGGAGUCUUAUAUUGAGUAGAACUAGAAUGAGAUAUCAUUUUCCACGUCCUAAUGAACGUCGUCGUAUUAAACGACAUGGAUGGGAUACAAGGAUGUCAACUUUAAGUGGACGGAAAAUUCUUAUGAGAAGGAUAUUGAAAGGCAAAUAUGUACUUAGUCAUUAAAUAUUGUACUUUGAGUCAUUAUUAAAUAAUUAUAUUGUUUUCUUAAAUAAAUAUAUUAAAAUACUA